CUCUCCGGUGUUGCUAGUCGAUCGGACACCUUCCAAAUGGCUUCAUUCGAAUAAUUUUGUGUAAAGAGAAUGGUUUCGUGAGAAAAUCAAAAUGGACGCAUUGAAAUAUGCACAAGAAUUCACAACGUUUCUCAGCCGAUGGACCAGGCCUGUUUUAAACGCGGAUGGCAGUUCAACUCCUCCUUUAACAAACCAACAAUUAUACAACACUACGCAAGACGUGUUAAAAGUGAUGCUUGGUAUGAACAUUCAAAUGCCAGAUUAUUCUUCAAUGCAUACACCUUCGACGAAAAUUGCUGUAUGCACUCCGAGUGCACCAUAUGUGUCGAAAUCGAAUCUGGAAUUAAUUAAUACUUCUCUUGGAAGAUCGUUGGAUACAUUGACAGCUAUAGCUGAUGACAACAAUGGUAAGACUGAAGUGGAAGAAUCGAUAUCGAAAAGUCAAGAAAAAUUGAAUGUCGAAGAGAAUAGCGAAAACAAACUGACCCCUAACGAAAAGAAGUUUAUUUCAAGAUCAAGCCCGGCUAUUCACGUCACCUGUACCGGUAAAUCGGGCACAUUCGUUCUCGAUGAUGAAACAGAAACCGGUGCUGUUCUCGGGGCCGAAUCUAGUCCUUUUAAUCUUGAGAAAAUCUCGAAAAUAAUGGACAGCGUAAGAGCCAACGCCUCCGAUAUCAUAUCGAAGAUGGAUGACAUUAGAAAGGACUUGUUCCCACAACAGACGAAGCCAAUCCGACGACUGUCUUCCAUCGGAACGAACCGCUCGACGACUCUGACGAGGCCAAAUCCACCGCCUAAACUCCGAAGGUCCUCUUCAGUCUUCACAGGAACGCCUACGUCCUCGAAAUUGAGUACGACUGAGCAGGAUUCGAUCGUCGCCAGACGCAAAAGCCUCGCGGUUGGUUCGUUGUCUAUUAAUCAAGCGAAAUCCUCGCCAGCGAAUCGUUCGCCAUCGGUGGCAGGCACGGCUCCGAAAAAAUUGCCGUUGGCUGUUGGGAAGCCAUUAAAAAAUCCGAAGUACGCCCAUGUGCAGAGCACGAUACCGAAAUCGUCAUCAUCGAAAAAGAAUACACAAUAAUCCAAAUGCAAGAGGUGAAGGAUUUUAUUCGAUGAAGCUGUCGAUGUGCUUAGUAUGCACCGAUUUUCGUGAUUCUCAAAUGUAUUGUUGUUUUGACGUGAUUGCGAACAAAUUUUUCCUUCAUGUUGUCAGCGGAAGGUUUUAUUAUCCGCGGAAAACUUUUGCUAUUACUACACUGAAUUCUAUAUUUAUCGGUACGUUCGUGAGAGUUGCGAGUAUAACCGCACGCUCGUCGCUUCAAUGGCGUCUUGCAUCAAUCAACAGUCAUUUCCAGUUAUUCUACUUGAUUCCAGAUUUUUGCAAAAUCAAAAGGUUUCGAUUCAUUUCCGAUAGGAGCACUAGCUUCUGUUUGAACAGUCACGCUUUGUGUUUCUAUUUCGUCUUCGUAAAGAUUGAAUAUGCCUGAUCUACCGGAUCAUAUGGAUUGCUGGACAUGAACGUGGAAUAAACUGAAACUGUGAACGAAUUCUUAUUGUUCAUGAUUGGCGGGAAAAUCAAUGUAUGAAUGAUUGUCAUACAUUGCUUUCCACGUUAAUGAUGAAGAAUUACGAUAGUUUACAGCGUCAUUUUACUUCGCGAUCAAGUCCAGCCAUUCAUGUGACCAGUCCCGGAAGAUCGGACGUAUUUAUUCGCGACGCGGAUGAAAAUGAAACCAAAAGCGUGGAUGAUCAAACAGAACUCGGUGCUGUUCUCGGAAAUGAAUGAAAGCCUUAUGAUUCCGAGGAAAUCUGGAGACCAGUGGUUAGCAGACGAGUCUUUGCCCGCGAUGUCAUGCCAAAAAUAGAUAACACGAGAAAGAUCAAAGAGGAUCCAUCAAAAUCAGAGCAGGCUGAGCACAUUGAAACUCAACCUUUUAUUCUAUCAAAAUAAAGUUUUAGUUUGUUUUAUUACAAACAUUAUUUAUGUUUUUACUGCUUGUCAGUGUCUAGUUUAAAUAAAUAAAAACGUCUACCGCAUAGAUACUUUGCAACGAGCCUGGCCCAUCAUCUACUGCGCGAAUUCUUUUAUAUAUAUACUGCGAACUGUAUCGAACAAUACUUUUCAACUAAAAAGUUGCAAGAUAAGUUGUUAUGUAUUUGAAUAAAAGUUUUAAUAUACUCGUUA